AUGGCAUCAAAAGUUAGAUUUUCGUUAAAGCUUUCGGUCUAUGAGUUGGUUCGAACUUUCAUUUUAAACAAGUUUGAAUAUUUUAAUGAGGGAAAAAAUGUGCGACAGAAAGAAAGUUCAUCGGUCUUGAAGAUAACCGAUCAUGUUUCCAAAAGUUUCCUGAAUAGUAUAGAUAAUAGAUUAGAAGAAUGUCAACAAAAUGAAAAUCUAUCCAAUUAUUUGGUCUUUUGGAAGAACUGUCAAGUUCACGUCCCAAUUGGCGCAAAUCUACUUGUCUUAACUAUAAUAUGGAAGUAUCAUUUGAAGGGAGCCACCACCACGUAUGACAUACAGAUCGUCAUAUCGAACGUUGCCAUUAUCAAUUUCCAACCUAUAACAUCACGACUGUUGUUAAAAUUCCCGUUGUUGUUGAUAAAGAAGACCCUUAAAACUUUAAUUUGGCGAAAGCGCUCCGAGAAAAAUGAUUUUCCACCAACAAUUCUGAUUCAACGUCGAUGCAAAAUCUUAAAUCCUAAUGACCAAAGAGUUGAACAAUCGAUAAAGGAAUACAAUAGUGAAAUUCAUCACUGGUUUCUUGAAGAUUCCCGUAAGGAAGGUGCAAAUGGUCAUUUGCAAGUUUAUCUAUCACAUGAAUGUAUUGUUCGAGUGGCAGCACGAAAAUAUAAUUCGAAAGACGAUGAUGUCGAUGCACAUUUAACCAAUAUUUGCUUUCAAUUGAGAAGAGGACAUGGACAAGAACGAGUUUAUUUCAAGAAUGGUGGCCAUCUCUUUAUGCGCAAUCAUUCCCACGUAUUAUCGAUUCAAUGA